CACAACCAAACACGUUUUCGACGUGUCUAACAUGCGAUGCCAUCACCGAUCGUGGACGCGACCCUGCAGGCCACGGCCCUCUCUGCAGCGUCCAACCUCUGCGCCCAGUUCAUCGACGCCUAUCAACACCAGCGCGCCUUUCGACUGGACUUGUCGCAGCUGUUCCGGUUCCUCGUUCUCACGCUGUUGACCGCGCCGCCCAACUUCAUCUGGCAGCAGUUCCUCGAGAGGAAGCUCCCGGCGUACCCGUCCGAUGCCCGCGCGCAGAACAAGAAGCCGCCGCGAGACGUGGAGCUCAAGGCGCUGGAGGAGGCCACCGCCGGCAACAAUCCCAGUAGUGGCCGUGAUGGAGGGCCCUCGGCGGCGCCCCGCUUCAGCUUGCGCAACACGCUGGCCAAGUGGUUCAUCGACUGCAUCACCGUAGGCGCCGUGAUGAACACGGUUGCCUUUCUGGCGCUCAUGGGCUUGCUCAAGGGCCAGCACCGGUCCCAGAUCUGGCACAACAUCAAGACCGAAACGGUACCGAUCAUUGUAGCGGGCUACAAGAUCUGGCCGAUUGCAUCCAUCGUGAGCUUCAGCUUCGUGCCGGUGCGUCGUCGGAUUGUCUUUUUGAGCGUGGUCGGGCUCAUUUGGGGCAUCUACAUGAGCCUCGUCGCGGCACGUGUUUGAGCAUGGGCAGGGCUUGCAGGGGGGGCAACUAUAGAUAUCUGUCAGGGCAUCCAAGCGCGACCCUGUCAAUUACAGGCCACUGCGUCCAGUGUGCCUCACAGGACAGGACACGGAGGCUGCGGGCACUGAUGUGGUUCUGCGCAACUUGAUAGAGCUCAAUGGGAAAUUCACGACCAGCAGCGCCGGUCC